GUGCAUAUAUCCUUCAUAUCAAAGUAUGAUAACGUUGAGCAACUGACUCUGCUUUUAUAUUAGUUGCUGAAAUAGGUCCUCGCUGUUGUUGGUGUGUUAACUUAUUCCGAAGCAGCAGUCACUUUGAUUGAAACUGGGAAUCUCAUUAAACUAUGUUCAAAGCAAGUCAUAUCUGUACCUAUCAUCAAACGAAAAUUACCUAGCACAAAGAAAAAAUCCAUUAAAAUAUUACUAUUGUUCACGAAACAUAAAAGAAAUUUGCAAAAUGCCACGAAAGAGCAUUGACAGUCUACAACUUCACGAGAUCCUAGAGAUAGUUCGCAUUUUGAACAUUAAAUACGACGACGAGACUGCGUCUCUAAGCAGUUUGAAGUCAAUACUAAAAGAGAGAAUUCGUGAUCAAACUUCCAGAAGUGGAAUAUACGCAAAUGGAAUUUCGGGUGCUGAAGUUGUGGAGAAAGCAAAGUCAAGAGACAACCAAAAUAGAGCUGAUUUGUUAGACUACAACAAAAAAAUCGACGAGUGUUUACACCGUCUUGGGGAUGUAGAUUUUCCAAUAUUAAACGACCUUCUUAAUAUCAAAGUUGAUGUUCGACAGUACAUUAACGACAUUCAAAAAUCAUUGGAAAAAAAGAAAUAUUAUCUUCUAAUUGCAGGUGAAACAAGUGCUGGAAAAAGCACUAUACUAAAUUUGAUUCUUGGUGAAGAUGCAGUGCCGCAUCAUACUCUUCAUUCGACUUCAACAAUAUGCGAGGUUAAAUUUGGCAAAGACAAGGAAAUGAUUGUACACUAUAAAUAUGAAAACGUACAAAAAAGACGACGUGCUCCCAAAGUCGUUACUCUGGAAAGAAAUGAAAAAUCUGAGCAGAGUUAUGCUGAGCGAAUCGGUUCAUAUGUUAACCCCGAGAACACGAGGGAAACACGAGAAAUUGAAAGAGUAGAAAUAUUUUGGCCACAUGAUUUGCUGAAGCAAGGAAUUGUUAUUGUGGACAGUCCAGGUCUUGGUGAAUCAGAAAAAAUGGACGAAAUUUUAAUGAACUAUCUUCCAAAUGCUUUUGCAUAUAUUUAUAUUCUUGAUGUUGCACGAGCUGGUGGUGUACAAAGAGAGUCUACAAUGAAGAUGAAAAAAAUGGCCGAGAAACUUGAAACGUCUAAUGCUGGCCGUUAUUGCAUUAACCUUCUCGCAGAAUGCACACUUUUUGUAGCAAAUAAAUGGGAUCAAGUAGAAAAGAAAGAGCAAGAUUCCGUAAGAAAACAUCUUGAAAAACAGCUAGCUGAAUGCUGGGAAGUUGCCAAUACAAAGAAGCACAUUCUAACAAUAUCUGCAAAAAAUGCCAUUAAAGUGCAAGAAUGUGGCGGCAUUUCUCCAGAGUUUCAAAGAUUACUAGACAGUAUUAGGCAACUAAUACUACGUGCGAUUGACAUUCGACUGUACGACAAUUGGCAGAAAUUAGAUACGAUUCUGUCUCAGAUUUUCAAGUUGGCAAAUUUCUUUAAAGUCCAGGCUAAUUUAGUACAAGGAAAUAAUCGCAAAAGAAUAGAUUCACUCGAAUGUCGAAUUAAAAAAAUCCAAAGUCAAAAUGAGGAUGAAAGCGAAAAAAUAAGAACAGAGUUACAAUCUAAAACAAAACCUUUUUCUGAUAUGAUGAAAGAAUACAUAAAAACGAGUGAAUUUGAAGAAAAAUUCUAUUCCUGGAACACCGAUGAUGUGGAUCAAAUGCUCGAGCACAAAUGGAAAUUGACAAAAGGAAAUAUCGAUAAAUCAAUUGCUGAAAAGUUUUUGCAACUUAUAAAUGAAUGGGAAAUGAAAGAACAAAUUCAUGAAAACAUCCACUGGGAAACUAUUGAUCGUUACUUGAAAAGCUUACACGUCUUUAAAGAAGAACUUGACCGUUUGGGAAACGAUGGCAAUAGCCUGAAGUGGCAAGCUGAAAAUUUGACACGCCGAAGCCAGCAAUCCCUCCCGACAAAAGUUUUGUUGGAGCCAUGCUGCCCAUAUGGUUACCCGUUGCUGCUGCGGGUGUUCUUAUUGGUGCACCAGUACUGGGUACAGUUGUAUUUGCAAAGGAAGUUAAUUCCCAUAAAGCAUUGCGUAAAUUUGAAGAAAACCCUUAUCAAUAUUUGCGACAUCGCUCGAAAAAAUUUUUGGAGGAAAAAAAAGCCCAACCAAUUCUUGAAGAGGCGCAAGCACUAAUAAAUAAAACUGAAGAGAUUGUGUCGAUUUAUUCAAAUCUCAUUCCACAUGUAGUAGAAGGUGAUAAGAAAAUGGUGAAGAAGUUGAGUGAUGAUUCACGUAGUAAUCAGGAGAUGGAACAUCAUUAUGCUCCUAUUCAGGAAAGGAGCGAAGAACUGAGAGAUAAGAUAACA